UGCGCUCACCGGCCGCCAUGUUGUGUCCUGAACAAAAACUGGGUGAGGGGGAGCGGACAGAGCCCGGUGAAAACGAGUAAAUGAGACCCGGGAGUCGAGCGCUGAGCUCCGAUGCGGCCUGGGUAUUCCGGGAGGAGAGUCACCGGAGAGCGGCUGGCCUCCGACAGCGGCAAGCGAGCAGCGGUUGCUCCAAGGAAAUCUUCAGACCUAUUGCUUUGCUGCCUUUGAAUAUCUCGCUGCAGCGGACAGACUGAGCUUCGUGCCUUUUUGUACACGAGCAGAUAUUGCAAGGAAGAACAAUUAGUUUACUGGAAGGACCGGUUAACUUUAAACGAUUGUGCUUUUAAGGACAAAAUAAAACUGAUUGAGGGAUCAGCAUCAUGUCUAUCACCAAUACCCCGACUAGUAAUGAUGCCUGCCUGAGCAUUGUACACAGUUUGAUGUGCCAUCGACAAGGUGGAGAAAGUGAAACCUUUGCCAAAAGAGCCAUUGAGAGCUUGGUCAAAAAGCUGAAGGAGAAGAAAGAUGAGCUGGAUUCAUUAAUCACAGCUAUAACAACCAAUGGAGCUCACCCCAGCAAAUGUGUCACAAUACAAAGGACACUAGAUGGAAGGCUUCAGGUUGCUGGACGGAAAGGUUUUCCACAUGUGAUUUACGCCAGGCUCUGGAGAUGGCCUGAUCUUCACAAAAAUGAACUCAAACAUGUAAAAUAUUGUCAGUAUGCAUUUGACCUGAAAUGUGACAGUGUCUGCGUGAACCCUUAUCACUAUGAGCGUGUGGUUUCUCCUGGCAUCGAUCUCUCAGGAUUGACGCUGCAAAGCUCAGGUCAAACAAGCCUUUUAGUGAAAGAUGAAUUUGUAAAUGAUUAUGUGCAAGUUGAAGGGCCGCCGUCUCUGUUGAAUACCGAAGGACAUUCUUUGCAAACCAUUCAGCAUCCACCCAGCGCCAGGCAACCAAAUGAAAGUUACAGUGGACCAGCCAUGUUAACACCAGCAGAGCCAAGUACUCCAAGCACCACAAAUUUCCCCAGUAUUCCUGUUGCUACCACAAGUCAGCCGAGUAACAUGUUGCCAGUGAGCCAUAAUGAUGGAUUAAUACCGAUUGCCUCGGGACCUCAGCAAACAACGCAGCAGAAUGGCUUCCCUGCACAACCAGCAACUUACCAUCACAAUAGCACUACAACUUGGACUGGAAACAGGACAGCAACAUUUACACCAAGCAUGCCUCAUCACCAGAAUGGACACCUUCAACACCAUACCCCUAUGCACCAUACAGGCCAUUACUGGGCAGUACAUAAUGAGCUUGCCUACCAGCCGCCCAUAUCUAAUCAUCCAGUUCCUGAAUACUGGUGCUCUAUUGCCUACUUUGAGAUGGACGUUCAGGUUGGAGAAACAUUCAAGGUGCCCUCUAGCUGCCCUGUGGUUACUGUGGAUGGAUAUGUGGAUCCUUCUGGAGGUGAUCGUUUCUGUCUGGGUCAGCUUUCCAAUGUACACAGAACCGAUGCCAUUGAAAGAGCCAGGUUACACAUUGGGAAAGGCGUGCAGUUAGAGUGCAAAGGGGAAGGAGAUGUCUGGGUCCGAUGUUUGAGUGAUCACGCCGUGUUUGUGCAGAGUUACUACUUGGAUCGGGAAGCAGGCCGUGCACCUGGAGACGCAGUUCAUAAGAUUUACCCAAGUGCAUACAUUAAGGUGUUUGAUUUGCGUCAGUGUCACCGCCAAAUGCAACAGCAGGCUGCCACGGCUCAGGCUGCGGCUGCUGCCCAGGCCGCAGCUGUUGCUGGAAAUAUUCCUGGACCAGGUUCAGUGGGCGGGAUUGCCCCAGCCAUCAGUUUGUCAGCUGCAGCUGGAAUUGGAGUGGACGAUCUGCGACGUCUAUGCAUUCUCAGGAUGAGCUUUGUUAAAGGCUGGGGACCUGAUUACCCAAGACAAAGCAUUAAAGAAACCCCUUGCUGGAUUGAAAUCCACCUGCACCGUGCCCUCCAGUUACUGGAUGAAGUGCUUCACACCAUGCCAAUCGCAGAACCACAGCCCUUGGACUGAGUUCCUCUGUGCAGUUACCGUCUUGCUUGGGUGGGGUGAGGGAGAAGACUAGAGUUCUGCCUUGCUUAAAAACUGAUCUAUUUUACCAUUGUUCACAAUAUGCUUUCAGAACAAAAAAAAAGGUAUGCAAAAAGAAAACCAAACAAAACUACUGUUCAUUUCUCUCAAGACAAGAAACCCAGUAUUCCAUCUUAUGCCUUUGUUUUAUAGCUAACCAGUUAUAUAUAACUGGUGUUCCUGAAACUCUACCAGUAUGUUUCUCAGCCUGUGUUAUUUGUAACAGACUGCAUUUUAGUUCCCAGAAACAGUUAGUUAAUUAAGCCCAUCACCCCUAGUGGGACAUAGACCACCAACAGCAACUUGCCAGGGUUCUCUGUCCAGGGCCAGUACUUCAAGUUGUCUCCAGGUGUAGCCCAUCUUCAAAGAGCCUUCCUGUCCCAGGGAUGAGGUCUUUGGAGUUUAUGUUGGUGUUUCUGUAGCGCUGGGCUUUUUACAGGAUGGGUUUGCUAGCCCCAUGCCCAAUCCUCCUCCUUUCACAGCUGGGCUUGGGACCAUUCAUGGCGGAGUUUCCCAGGAAUAAUGCCUUCUCUUUAUAUUCUGUGAAGAAAGCUUAACUUGGUUUAGAAACAGGCCGUUAGCUUAUUUUAAGUUAAGAUACUUUUCUUGAAUCCAAAUUGAAUAUCUGGAGCGGUGGUGAAGAGAUGGAGGGGUGUGUGGGGAAGAGGGAGAUGGUGAUUGAGAAGUUGGUGGGACAAAUGAAGUGCAGGAGUGAACAUUAAUUAGUUGUUUUUGCUGCCUGUGUCAAGGGAGGCAGUAAAGGAGAGGAUUUAUUUUAAGUUAAGGAAAAGACAUGGUUUAUGAUUUAUAAUUUAGAAAUUUCAAAAACUGAUUUAAAAAAAUUGGUAGAUGGAUGGCAGCCUUCUAUCGCAUUGUAGUUCAUGCAUUAGUUCAAGGAAGCCAAUCUCUUGCUACCCUUUACACAUCCAGGCUUUCUUUAUUUGAAAGAACACCUGUAUUGGCACUUUAUUCAAAUUUCUGUGUAUGUACUACACCCUUGAGAGAUCUCCUCUCCAGAGAAAUGUUUGUCUUGUACAGUCUGUUCUUUACCAUUAAUAUAAGUUAGCUUCAUUAUUUUUUUCAGUUUGAAUUUUCUUUACGAUUUUUUUUCCAUUUGGCCUGUUUUACUAACUUGCUUUGGCCAAAGUCUUCAGAAUGUUCAGUUUCUUAUCAGGAAAGAGGUUCCAAAAGGGGGUUAAAAAUGAUAAGGAGCCCAGUUCUUGUUAGUAACACUAAAGAAUAGUGGAACUUUUCCCAGUAGCAGCUGACAUUGAAACAGCUCUUUUCUUAUCUUUAUCAGCUAGCCCAUCCUAUUUUAACCAGCUACAGGGACAGGCUGGAAACGAUAAACAUCGUCAGUGAUGUUCCCUGUGAGAUGGGCUUUUGUUGAUGGUGAAUAUUCCUACAAUUUGCAGCCGAACCAAAUUUUAUUUUUAAUAGCUCAUACUUGUAGAUCUUUUGAACUUCAAUUUUUAAAAAAGAAUUCACUAGUGUUGAUCCUCAAUGUAAUCAGCCCUAAAACGGAUCUUGGAAAAUGACACCAUCCGAAAUUGCUUCUACCAUUAUCACCAGGUGUUUUAUCGAGUGCAAAUAUUCUCGUCAGAGGCAGCCUAAAUUUGAACAGUCAGAAUCUGAAUUAUGUUAUUGGAUGUUUUCCAGUUUGGGUGGAUGUGACGUAUAAGUUCUGAGUAUCAUCCCUCUCUGAGGAAAAAAUACCCAAAAGGGAGUGUGUCAAUGACUACUUCACAUCAUUGAAAUUUAAAUUAUUUCAUUUCUUGCUCCGAAUCAAAAUUGGGUUUAUCACUGGGAUACAAUGAAAUUUGUUGUUUUGUGGUACAGGUACGUCUGCUAAUUAGUUUCUGUGAAAGACAAACUACCACCAUUUCAAGUGAAUCCAAGUCUAAAAUGGAGUGCAUCUCUUAUGAAAUAUUUGUCAUUUUAACGGGAAGUAAAAGUGAAGAUAGGAAACUAUAAACUUACAUGAUUUUUCAUCAACAUCACAUUGUCUUUGAAUUACUUGUCAAUAAUGUUGAAGACAUGACCAUCUAGAAAUGCAAUAAGUGGAGUACAAUAACUCAAAAUAUAAGAUUUUUUUUUGCACACCCUCUUUAAAAUGUUGAAUCUGGAAUUAUCUACUUUCUGGUUACUGGCUAUUAUUUAAAUUGAAAGUGAUUUGCUACUGUAAAGUUUUUUUAAACUUUACUAAAGGGCAAAAGGGGAAAUUGCUGGCAAACUUUUUUUCUCCUCCCGUUUUGAUGUGUAUGUGUGCACAUUUUGCAAAUUCUUUACACAAUGCUUAGGCACCAUUUGUAGCUAGAGACUACUAGAAAACCAAGUAUUAUUAGGUUACUUAAAGCAAAACAUGGUAAAGGUCUGAAAUAUCUAUCUAGAAAUAGUAAAGAGAGUCCUUUUUCUUACAUUAGAGUUGCAUCGGAUUAUGGUAUUUAUUAAAACUAAUGUGCAAGAGAUCAGGCAUUGACAUUACAUAGGUGAGGAUGAAAUAAUGGUGAUGAAUUCCAAUGAGGUGAAUGAGUGCCUGUCUCACACGUCUAUUUUAAUUAUUUGAAUGGGGGGGGGGGAGAUGUGAAACCUUGAACACAGAUGUAUUUAGGAUACUAUUUUCUUUCUACAAGUAUAUUUAAAUCUAGGAAUACAUGUCACUUUGAAAAUUACAAACUUUAAAAGGUGAGUUUAAGAAAAACUUAUUCUUUAUAUCAAGACCAAGUCAAUUUCUAUGAGGCUAUACAGCAUUGUGGGCUCUUCUCAUCAUCUCUUCUGAUAAAUAGGGCACCACAGUACCAUAGUGGUUAGCGUGAGGCUAUUACAGCUUGGGGCAUGGAGUUCGGACUUCAAUUCUGGUGUUCUCCAUAAAGUACAUUCUUCCCGUGUGCAUGUGGGUUUCCUCUAGGUGCUCUGGUUUCUUCCCACAGUCCAAAGACAUUCUGGUUAGUAGGUUAAAUGGUCAUUGUAAAUUGUCCUGUGAUUAGACUAGGGUUAAUCAGUGGGUUGCUGCACAGUGUGGCUCCAAGGACUGGAAGAACCUAUUCCAUGCUGUAUGUCUAAAUAAAUAAAAUGUAUAAAUUUUGUUGUAAUAGACUAACAAAGGCUAUUAUGACAUGACUGAGCUCAAUUAAGGAAAAAAAAUCCUGAAAAAUAAUUCUGCAUCAAAAUGGCAAAACGUUAAUUGAUGAAAUGGUAUCCAUAUUACUUUGACACCAAAUCCAUUAUUAGUGAGAGUCAGGCAUUCGGAAGUGUUCUUUGGAGUAACUAUUUGGUGAUGGAAUGGCAUUGACUGCACAAGGCAGCACUGAAAGCCUGUCUAAGGUAGAACAAUUUUAACAAAAAAUGUCAUUAAACGUUUCAGUUGAGCAAGUAAUGUAUGCAUUUUAUCUUUUCAGCAACUAGUAUAAAUAAAAUGUUUGCGAAGUAUAAUAUUUUUCAUUUUUACAGCCUCUUUCUUAAAAUUAUCUAUAAAUUUAGAUAUUCUAUUCAACCUGAAAUAUUGUAUAUCUCCAAAUAAUGUAGACUUUGAUUAUAUUCUGUAGGUGUGUAGACUGCAAUAAAUAAUUUGCA